CCGCGAACAUCUUUACCUGUUCCGGGUAUAUCUGGUAUGAUGUCUCUCCGAGUCAAAACGCCUGCUGGUUUCAAUGUUUUAAACUUUGUUGUUAUUUGCUGCCGUGAUAAAAAAGUAUUAUGUGGAAAUAACAACUAAAGUAAAGAUUUACCAAUGGAAUCUAAGGGAAUACUACUGUUAUUGAAAUAAAAUUUGGAAGCUAUAAAACGCUUGAAUAAUCCCACAAAAGAGAUUCACUCAGGCUGUUACUAUAUAGAAGGGAGGAUAGAACAUAAACUCAAUCGAAAAUAAAAAUUGUCGUAGGAUUCAUGAACAACGUUAACAGCAAAAAGUAUUUUCCAUAUUACUUGAAAGAUGAGAACAAAUACAAAGUUAAUAUUUUAAUUUAACAAUGGCAUCUUUAUGUUCAUCAAAUGAAAAACAUAACUUUAAUUGCGUUAUAAUUGCAUGUGUGGAUUUCAUAAAGCUACCUCUUAAAGACAUUUUAGCUAGUCGCAUUAAACCUGUGAACCUUUAUAAAGAAAUAGAUUCAUGCCCAUCACUUAAGUUGAAUGGACAAUGUUGUCUACGUUCUGAUCAGCGGAAAGUUUGUUUCAUUCAGCCACCUGAUUUACCUAAUUACGCUGAUUUUGAUGCUAGUUUGCUUUACAAGCUCAUAAGGAAUUUAUGCCCCUCUCUGAAGCCAACACAAGGAUGGGGAAAGGAACCAAAUCCAGCCGAUACGGAUAUUGGGGAUGACAUAGAGCGCCUGAGGUUGUUUAGAAACAUCUACUUUGCCCAUGCUUCUUCUGCAGCAAUUUCUGAUACCGCGUUUAAAGAUUUGUGGAAGAAUUUAAAGUCCGUCACUGGCAGAUUUCAGUUAAGAAUUGGACACUGUGGAAAUUAUGAAGAAGAGUUGAUAAAGAUUGAACGCACUAAAUUUACGCAUGAUCAUUUGCAACAUUACAAACUGCUUUUGGAAGCAUUUGUGAGAUUAUCACCAGAAGAUGAAGAUGAACCAGACAUUUUGAUAAAAGGCGAAGAGGAAGUAACCUGUGGAGAUUCUGCAAGUUUUGAAGCAGAAAUAAAACCAGAAAAUAUAGGAGACUGGUUAAUUACUUGGCGGAAACGUAUUGGAAAUGACAUAAAAUGUAUUGACACCAGUAUGGAGAAAUACAGGGGUAGUAGCACCAGAAAACUGGUCAUACAAUCAGUGUGUAAAGAGGAUCAAGGGGAAUACCGGGCCAUUCUUUCACGUUCAUCAAAUGGAAUCAAGUACAAACAAUCAAAAAACACCAUUUGUUUACGGGUUUUGGGAGAUCUACCACUUAUAAAGGAUCUACAAGUUACAACAGGAAAACACUGCAUUAAUUUACUUUGCAGUUAUGAAGUUUUAGGACGUUCACCUAAAGUAUCUCGUAUAGCAUGGAGUAAGAAUGGAGAAAUUUUAGAUGAAAGGGUCAUUUCCUUUGCUGAGAGCAUUAUUUCUGAAAGUUGUUAUAAAAUAACGUCACCUUCUAACGAAGAGAAAGGGAAAUACUCCUGCACGAUAACUAAUGCUGUGGGAUCGGUAUCAGAAGAAAUUACGUUAGAUGUUCCAAGUGUUGAAAUUGAAACAGAUCCCAAGGUUUGUUUUGGUUCUAAAACAACUUUUAGAUCUAAAGUUUCAUCAAUUCCAUCCCCAAAGAAAGUAGAGUGGCAGACAAGCAAAGAUGAAACGGAUUACCAUUGCAUUGAUAUAGAAGACCCUAAAUAUUAUGGGAGUAAUGCCACUCCUGAAUGUCCUUUACUUGUCAUUCCGAAGACAACGUUUGACGACAAGCUAUAUUAUCGACUUGUAGUUUUGAAUAAAAUUGGAGGUGGUAUCAGCAACACAGUGAAAAUCAAUGUCACAGGAAAUCUUCCAAACAUCUCGACAAUUCAAGAAACAAACAUAAAGAAUAAAUUUGUAAAACUGAUUGGGAAUAUUUUUCUGGAUGACGAUUCACCGGGUCUUCUUGAGGUGUUUUGGACAAAGAAUGGAAAGAAGAUAGAUAUUAAAGGAAGUGGUGGGAGAUUAUCAGAGGUUACCAUUGACGACCCAUCGCUGAUCAUCAAAGAAGUAUGUCAUCACGAUGCUGGUCCUUACCAACUUACGGCUACUAACGCCGUCGGACCAACUAAGAGUGACGAAAUUGUUCUUGAUGCUCCAGAUGUCUCUUUUGACAAGAUUAAUAAGGAAGAUGGCAGUCAAUGGUUUGUUGCGACGAUUCAAUCGAUUCCAGCACCUUGUUUUGUACAGUGGAGCUUGAAAAGCAUGAAUGAUGAUAUGUUCACACCAAUAGAUGUCAACUCUGAAGACUACAAGGGGACAUUGAACACUCUUCCCCACCCUGUGUUGGUUGUGAAGAAUUCAAAUCAAUUCGAAAUUAACAGCUAUCAAAUAGAAGUUGCAAACUUUGUUGGAAGUACGAUCAAAAACAUAGAUGAUCAAACUCCACAGAUACAAAAUGAUAAAGGUACACAAACAGGCAUAGAAACAGGUGUGAUGGAAAACCCAUUAUACAGGGAGCCAGGUCCAGGAAUUAAGUUUUCUAAACUUAGCGAUUAUCUAGCAGAAAAUUUUCCUCGUGAAAAACUCAAAAGGCUGAAAAAUUUGCUACAGGCGUCAGGCAAGGUACAGAACAUGACAAAUUUGCAGUUAGCAAACUCUGCCUUGGAAUGCUUUACAAUUCUUCAAGAUGAAAUGCUUUUUAGCCCAAACGAUGUUAUUUUUAUGCAGUUCCUUUGCAAAGAGAUGGGCUGUAAAAAAUUAUAUACACGAUGCAUAAAAUAUGCAUCAAAUAAUAAAGCUCUGUGCUUUUUUGAAAGACCAGUAGAAAAUGGGUGUACGAAUGUACAAUUUCAUAUACAAGGGGAUUUAACUGCCUACACUAAAGAGCAAAUAAAACACAUUGUUGAAGUUGUUGCUGAUAUACUGGAUUGUGAUAUAGAGGAAAUUCUAGUUAAUGGCGUGCGACCUUCAGCAAGUUUUUUCCUGGUUCUCUCAGUAAAAGAAGCUUACAUUUGGAAGUUAAAACACAUGAAUGAGCACAAUCAUAUCAGACUGAUGAAACUGAACAUUGACUUUAUAAUUGUUGACAAAACGACAAUAAAACUCAAAAGGCAAAAAGAAGCCGAUAAAGAUUGGGAGUUUCCGGGAAAAGUAUGCGAUUACCAGAGAGUAAAACCAGGAUUUUCGGAAAUCUUUGGCGAAAAUAUUGAAGUCGAUCUUGACCCUGCAGGAAAUCCCGUCAAAGCAAAAUGGAACUUUUCAAACUCGUGCGGUUUGGCCUUUUCUGGUUCCCCGUUGGGUGACAAGCGGAAGUACGAAAUCAUCUUUAGCGGAAGUGGGCACGCAAGAAUCGGACUGACGCAGAACGACCCCGACCACAUUCGAGACAUCCAAGAGGCCGUGAGGAAAAAUCAGAUUUUGUUUGUUUCAGAUGUUCGCUAUCACAAACGACAAUGUGUUGUGGAUAUUAUGAAAAAGGUCGGGGUCGGUGGAUCCAAGUUUGUGACCAAAUACAAGGACGACAACCCACAAAUAAAGGCUCUUUUAUCUUCAAACGACGUCUGGGCAGUUAUUUAUCUCAAGUUUGGAAAUAUUACUGCGGAAAUUAAAGACAAGGACAGUGGAGCAAGUUUAAAGUUUCAUAAAAAGCGUGACAGGAACAUCAAACCUACGGACUUCAUGAUUUCUUUAAGGUCACCUAUCCCUUUCGCUUACGCAUGUGCAGAAAAGGGCAUCAGUAGGGGUCAAGACAUUCGCUUCCGAGUGGAACACAUUAAAAACUUGGAAAAGAAACCAAUCUCAUUUCAUCUGGGCAUUGGAAUUUCGGAAAAAAAGUUAAAGUCUGGUUCAUCAUUAGACAUUGCUCCUUUUUUAUUUAAAAAGUUAGAGAAGGAUGAAUGUUUGGGCGAGUUCUUCGUGUGUAUUUCCAAAAGAGGAAAGUUCCAUUUAUUCAGAGGGGAUUUGUGUAUAUAUAGCAAAGCGCUACCCCCAGAAUUGAACCUUGAAUUACCACUGUACGUAUGCUUUGAGAUUUUUCGUGUGCAGAUUGAGUUGAUGGACACCUCUUACUGUGAGCAUUCGGAGGCAGUAGAGAAUCCCGGAGAGGAGCCAAAACCAACAGAAAAUGUUUCUCCCGAAACGACGGAUUCUUCCUACGUAAUUUUGAAAAUGUUCAACACAACACGGAUUGUCGACGAAGACAUAAAAUCAAGGAAAAUGACACCAGAAGUCCGAAAGUUUUCUGACGACUUAACAGAAUAUGUCAAGCAUAUUUCUCUAGAUCGGUCAAAUGCGGAAUACCUCACACCAAUUAGCACAAGACUAGCCGAAGGAGAGGGAAAACCUACCUUAACUAUUAACGAUUUAUUGAAGAAGUUGGAAGGGAUCGAAAAAACAAUUGUGGAACAACACUUGGAGAGACAGCAAGACUAUAAGAAAAUAUUAGAGGCCAUUAAGGUUAAUCGUGAGAAAAUUGCGGAAAAAAGAGUUGAUAGCGGAGUCUUCACAAACCAUCUCCAAAAUACUUGUGCCGAUUUCAUAGCCAAUGUAGAUGCCUUUCCACUGUGUGACCAUUUAUUGGAAAUAGGAAUUUUCCACCAAAUUCAAUUUGAAACCAUUUUGAAUGAGUAUAAGCUAAGUCGACAAGACGCCAACCGGUCUUUGUUUAGGAUUUUAGUAAAGAAAGAGUACACGCCCGAACAGCUCCGAAGUAUAUGGAAGGCAUUUAGUGUAACAAAACAGGACUCUUUACUUCCAAAACUCGAUCCAUCGUAACAUAUUGAACAAUCUUAUUACAGAAAUUUCUUUGUUGUUUGCUUUUUUGUGUAUGAAAUGCGAAUAAAUACAAUCAACUAG